AUGGCCUUUGUGAAGGGAUUGAUUGUCUGCGUCGUCUUCGUCGCCGUCGUUGUUAAGGGCUUCCCCAGGAUGUACGAGGAAGACGCGAUGGAUGAUGGUAACGUCGAGGAACGGGCGGCCGCAGAUGUAGAUCGCAACGGACAUGCCGGGGCUCAUCAUCACGUGUACUCGUUUCAUCAUUUUUCCGGACCAGUGAUUGGUCAUCAUGAGGAGAUAACGUGGAAAGAUAAGCACGGGCAUCAUCAUCACGACUACAAGUCCCAUCCUAAGUAUAAAUAUUCGUACGGCGUGGACGAUCACCACACUAAGGACCAUCACGGACAAAAAGAGCAUCGCGAUGGCAAACACGUCGAGGGUGAAUACCACAUCCAUGAACCAGGUGGCAAUGUCAGAAGUGUGAAGUAUCACGCCGACCCUCAUGGUGGAUUUUACGCCGAAGUGCACAAUUACGGCGGGAACGACCAUUCGGGUGGUUCGCAUGGUUAA